AUGCAGAGCAAGGAGGGUGAGAGGCUGACUUUGAACCAGGAAAUCAGGUACUCCAUGGCCGAGGAGCUGCCCAGAGGCUCGCUGGUGGGGCCGCUGGCCCGGGACCUGGGGCUCAGCGCCGACGAGCUGCCGGCGCGCAAGCUGCGGCUCAGCGCGGACAAGCAAUACUUCACGGUGAGCGAGACAAACGGGAACCUGUACGUGAGCGAGAGGCUGGACCGGGAGGAGCUGUGCGGCGAGUCGUUGUCCUGCUCCGUCAGCUUCGAGGCGCUUGUGCACAACCCGCUCAACGUCUUCCAUGUCGAGGUGGCCAUUGAAGACGUGAAUGACCAUUCCCCGUCCUUCAGCAAGGCUGCUCUGGACCUUGAGAUCGGUGAAUGGACGCUUCCUGCUGCUCGUUUUCCUCUGGAGAUGGCUCACGACGAGGACGUGGGAAGCAACUCGCUGCUGACUUACCGACUCACCAGCAACCCGUCCUUCAGUCUGGCCUUGAAGGAGAGCCCGGACGGAAGCAAGCAGCCUGAAUUAGUGCUGGAGAAAAUGUUGGACCGGGAGAAGCAGAGCUCUUUUGAGCUGCUACUGACGGCAGUGGAUGGCGGGGAGCCCAUGAGAACUGGGACUGUUGAGGUUCGGAUCAACGUGACAGAUGCCAACGACAACCCACCCGUAUUCUCGCAGGACCGGUACAGCACGAGCCUCCGGGAGGACGCACUGCCGGGUUCGGAGGUAUUGAAAGUGUCAGCCACAGACGCCGACACCGGCACCAAUGCUCAUAUCACGUAUCAUUUCGGCAAAAUGCCGGCCAAAGUGCUUCAGAAAUUCGUAGUGGAUAGGGAGAGCGGGACAAUCACACUGCAGGAGGCUCUGGACUUCGAGAACACGCGAGCGUUCAGCUUGCCUGUGGAGGCAAGAGAUGGAGGCGGUCUGGUGGCACACUGCAAGGUGGAGGUGGAGGUGCUGGACGUGAACGACAACGCACCCGAGAUCACCAUUCUGACUGUGUCGAGUCCAGUGCCCGAAGACGCACCUGCAGGGACCGUAGUUGCCCUGCUGAAAGUGAGCGAUCCCGACUCCGGCGAGAACGGUGAGGUGUCGUGCGAGCUGUCGGGAGAGGCGCCGCUGUCGAUCGUGGCGUCGUCGGGCGGCUCAUUCAAGGUGGUGACGGCGAGCGCGCUGGACCGCGAGCAGGCGUCCGAGCACCGCGUGACGGUGGUGGCCCGGGACCGGGGCAGGCCGGCGCUGUGGAGCAGCACGGAGCUGGUGCUGGAGGUGUCGGACGUGAACGACAACGCGCCGGUGUUCGAGGAGGCGUCGUACAGCGCGUACGUGCGGGAGAACAACCCGGUGGGCGCGCUGGUGUUGCGCGUUGUCGCUCGGGACUUGGACUCGGGCGCGAACGGGCGCGUGAGCUACUGGCUGUCGGGCGGCAGCGCGGGCGCGUUGGGCGCGGCGCCGCCGGUGUCGGUGGAGGCGCGGAGCGGCGCGGUGUACGCGCAGCGCUCGUUGGACUACGAGCAGUGCCGCGAGUUCACGGUGGCCGUGCGGGCGCAGGACGGCGGGUCGCCGGCGCGCAGCUCGACGGCCACGGUGCGCGUGUUCGUGCUCGACCAGAACGACAACGCGCCGCGGGUGCUCUACCCGCCCCCGCCGGCGGCGUCGGGAGCGGCGCCGGGCUCGGUGGGUUCGGCUUUCGAGGUGGUGCCGCGUUCGGCGUCGUCCGGGUACCUGGUGGGCAAGGUGGUGGCGGUGGACGCGGACGCGGGGCGCAACGCGUGGCUGUCGUACGAGCUGGUGCAGGCGUCGGAGCCGGCGCUGUUCCGCGUGGGGCUGCAGAGCGGCGAGGUGCGCACGGCGCGGGCCGUGUCGGAGAGGGACGCGGCCAAGCAGCGCCUGGUGGCCGUGGUGAAGGACCACGGGGAGCCGGCGCUGUCGGCCACGGCCACGCUGCACGUGGUGCUGGCCGAGAGCUUGCAGGAGGCGCUGCCGGAGCUGAGCGAGAAGCCGAGUCCGAGCAGCAGCGCCGUCGUGGAACAGCCGCUUGUCGACCCCGGCGCACCGCAGCGAACCUGCACUUUCCGCCUCAUCAGCUGCCUGAGGAUUGAUGAAGUGACUGGUACGAGAAAAGAUGAGAGAGGAGAUCCCUGCACAUUAGCGCUCGGUGCGUGCAGUGCCGGGAGGAGGCUGCGGGCGCCGCUGUUGCCCGAGAGGAGCGAGAGGAAGGUCGGAGCGCUGCAGCCCCGCCCGCUGCGGCCCGGCUCGAUCGCUGGAUCGCUGGAUUCCUGGAUCGGCAGCCGGAUUGCGGUCUGCGAUUGUGCCUGCGGAGCUGAUCCCUGCUGA